AUGGACGUGGUUGAAAUAACAGCUGCGGCUGCAUUGUGUGCAUACAGUUAUCAUAAUUUUCUAAAUUUAAGCCACUCAAAAAAAAUUAAACAACCCAAUAAGAGGAGAUGGUGGACAACAACAAUACACAGAAACAGAACAAAGCAAAGCAUGGAAAAUGUAUUUGUAGAAUUGUUCUAUGAACCUUCAGGCGAGUUUGAAAAUUUUACCAGAAUGUCAUUAUCAGAUUUUGAAUAUUUACUCACUUUAAUUUCACCUAUUAUUUCAAAACAAGAUACUCAACUGAGAGAUUCAAUACCAGCAAAGAUAAGACUACCAAUUACGCUACGAUUUUUAGCUACAGGUGAUAGUUAUAAAAGCCUUCACUUUUUGUUUAAAGUAUCUAGCCAAAUAAUAUCAAAGAUUGUACCAGAAGUAUCUGCAGCAAUAAACCAAGUUCUUAAAAAUGAAGUGAAGCUACCAUCAACUUCAAGUGAUUGGUUAGAAAUAGAAAAAGGGUUUGGAGAAAAGUUUCCACAUUGUAUCGGAGCAAUUGAUGGAAAACUCAUAGUUUUGCAAUGCCCAGUUAACACUGGUUCAGAAUACUACAAUUAUAAAAACUCGUUUAGUAUUGUGUUAAUGGGAUUAGUUAAUAAUGACUAUCGUUUUCUAUUUGCUGAUAUAGGGAGUCAAGAAAAUGACCGUUCUCUACUUGCAUUGGAUGAAGCCAUACAACAAAAUAUUCGCAAUACUAUUUCUACAUUUGGAAAUGUUGUCAAAAGAGCAGAAUUUGUGAGGCAUUUUAAAAGACUUAUAAAAGAUGAUUUAUCUUCUUUUGAAAACAACUUAAGAAUAUUUUUAAAUUGCAUAAUGCAUGAUGCAUUGAGUGAAUUAGCUGACUUGUAA